CCCGGGCUAUCAACGAGUCCGAAAUUGUUUAAGCGUGGUUGUCAAGGGUAUCAGGACACAAGCUGGGACAGCGCCAGAGACAGUGCGAGGCCCCACGGAAAUCAUGCCAGGCGGGCAUAGUAUGCAGUCGACAACGUCCCGGUUCUUCCCUGCAACCUUUGGCCCUGAGAGGACCACUCAAAGUGUGUUGUCGAUUAUGGAACUGUUUGCCAAUUCCAGGCCCGGCUAAUAACGCAACAAACAGCCCGCAACUGGAACAGAAAUCGGCACUUCGCCGGGCGCCGACAAAUUCUCCAAGUGCUGCACGAGACCCUUGACCGACAUGGGGAUGAACCAGAGAAGACGCCGCCACAUGCCGCUCUGCUUUACGGUAUGGGAGGUAUCGGUAAAACCCAAAUCGCAAAUCAAUACGUGCAUCAGCUUAGGGCGCCAUACUUAGUCUAUUUUAUUCAUUGUGAAACUCCCGUUUCCAUUCUGGAGAGCUAUCGGCGGUGUCUCCGGGAGCCCUCCGGCCUGGACCCCGAGCUUGUCGUCGAAAGGUUUGCACAACAAGUUCGGGAACUGGACAAACUAUGGCUCAUCAUCUUCGACAAUGUCGGGGAUGCCGACGCCUUUGCCAAGUUUGGCCCUGACGCGUUGCAGCUGGGCGAAGGCCGUGGGUCCUUUCUCUUGACCACUCGAUACCCCCCUAGUCGGCUGUCGAUAGCCAAGCACAAAGUCCAGAGAUUUAAGGCCGUUGAAGUUGGGUUAAUGGACACGGACGAAGCAAAGGAGCUACUGCUUCAUGCCUUAGACCCAGACGAGGUCGACUCAUCUGAACUUUCUGCGAUGAUAGACCGCGCGGGUGGGUUUCCCCUGGCGCUCUCUAUGUUACCGACCCUUCUUCGUGGCAAAACUACUCCGACAACCAGUCCCGGCGCCGAAGGCUUAUGGAAAUACCAGAUACCGCCACCUUCCUCUUCGUUGGCGAACGAAUAUCUUUUUGGCCUGGCAUGCUUGGAUGUGACUGGGAUUCCGAUAGACAUCCUCGUGGAGUACGAAAGGUGUGCCUCGCUGGCCAUGGGUGCGAAAGAAGCACUGUAUUUGUUAGUAGGAUCACACGUUAUUCGGUAUGCGGGAGGAGGCCAAAUCAUGAUGGACCAACUCGUGCGGGACACGGGUUUAACCCAGCUUCGAAGCCAAGACCGAUUGGAGUUGAUUGCUAGGUUGGCUAUGGAUGCCGUGGCAAAUCUCUACCAAAGGCGGAAGAUUCUCCCGGAUCCAUAUGCUACGCAAGUGGAAGCACUGAUGGAGCUUGAGUCAGCCUCUCCAUAUCGCUCAUUAGAGACAAACCUGGCAAAAGGGCGGCUCUUCCUUGCGAAAGGGACCUUCUUUUUGUCCCAAGGACUGCCGGCUGCCGCCGAGGGGCCUCUUCGGAGAAGCUUGGACGUCUACAGCGGUUUAGCGGGCUAUGAGGACCGCGACAUGCUAGCAAUGGUCGUACCGGCGCUGGCAACUGCUUACCUGGCGCAGGGGCGGGAUGCCGAGGCUGAGCAGCUCGAGGCCCGGUAUCAAACCCGCGUUGCGGACGCGGAGCAAUACAACGCGCAUAGCGACAACGAAACCGAGGAUCAAGAAGCGGAUGAUGUCGAGAUCGAAUCAGUCAUAUCCAAUCUUCCCAGCCUAACAGCAGGGAGUACAAUAUCCUCGGCGUUGUCACUGGCUCUGAUAGAAGAUAUCAAAGCAGACGUCUUGAGCAUACUUACCAAGGACGAAGGCUUUCAUGGACUGUUCCAAGAAACUCCGAAAAGGAUCACGCACGACAAGUUCCAGAGAAACUUUCUUCGGCUGUUCCGUUCGUUCCUCUCUGAUAUUCGAAAGCAGUCUGAUGACGGGGAGCAGGAACUACGCCAAGUUAUCCGCAUCCUGAGAUACCAAUCUCGCAACAUCGCAAGUCAUAUAUGCCAACAAAUCUUCGAUCUGAAAGCGCAGUCCGACGCACUGUUAUCCCUUGCCCGGCAGGUCCCUGACAAGGGCGGCCAGCUGACCAGUUUCUUUGGGGAUGAGAGUGCCCCUGAGCUGGCAAGCGCCCUCAAAGAACAGCCGUUCGAUGAAGGUGACUCAUCUGGCGGCGAGUCCGAGGAACCUGAAGCGGUUCGAUCUCACCCUGUCCCACUUGGUGACCUCGAGAUCAUCAUCCUUGAAUCGAACUCAUUCUUGACGUUCCGUGAGCGGUACCGGACGUUCUUGUUUCCUCGGUCUGAUCCGCAGCCCUUAGAAGCAGACAUCCCGACGGAAAACAAGCAUCCCACAGUUGAGAUGGACCGUUCGGACCCAUCGAUUGAACCCACUUCGGAACCAAUAAUACGGCCAAGUUUGCUUCAGGAGGGCUUCGCGUUUGUGAAAGCAGGGGUACAGCGUUUGAUACGACCGCCUAUUAAGGAAGGCUAUAUAAGGCUCGAGUGGAGAUGCGACUGCGGCGACAGCCUCUAUGCGGACUUUGCAGAGUCCGAUGCUGACUCAAUCCGUCAACUGGAAGCGUCUCUCAAGGGUCACGCUCCCCACGCCGGAGGCGGCACGGCCCCAUCCCAGCCCAAUCAUCCUCCGGGAGGGGCAUCAGCACCCACACCAGCACCCGGGCCACCUCCUUCACAACCGCCAUAUAAUACCCAAUCAAACAAUACCGGUCAAACCCCAGGUCAAAACCAACCGCCCGUCGCCGCCGGGGGAGUUACCCAUACCAGCGGACCCGCCAGCCAGGCCAAGAAACGGUUCAUCGAGCUCUGCAUCAACACGGGGGAGUUCCAGCGGCAGCUCGCCGAGAUCGACAUCAGCACGGUAGCAAGCGACGCGCAGCUAUUCGAGCGGAUCCGCGAGCGGUACCGCGAGGUGCGCAGCUUCCGCGUGAAGUACUUCCUGCUCAAGCCGGUGGACGUGCACUUCGUGCAGUUCUCGGUCGAGGACCGGCACCGCGUCGGCAUCCUCGACAAGCCCAUGGCCAUCCCCACCGUCGCCGAGAUGGCUGCCGAGGGCUACGCCUACCACCCCUGUCCGCUGCGCCCGCCGCCUAUCCCGGCUAAUAUCUUUCUGCAUCAUCUGUCGAAGCCGGGGCAGCAUCCGAAGUUGCUGUGGGGGAACCGCAUCCCGCAGAAGCUGCACAAGAGUAUUUUGCAGAUCCAGACACCUGAUGACCUUGUUACGGGGUGGGGGGUGCAUAUCAUCGAGGGGUUGAACAUGACCACCGUCCUUCUCUGCUCGUUGGCGGGGUUGUUGGUCAGUAUGAUUGUGGCCGUAGUGUGGGCGGUUGUGAAGGGCGACGUUCAGGGCGCGUUUGGGAUAGGGGCUUGGGUGACAAGCGUGGAGGCGAUUCUGGUGAUGCUCGUUGUUACGAAGUGGCUGGAGACAUGAGGGAGCGGAGGGGGCGGGGAUUGCAGGGAAUUAUGCAUGAUACCAAGGGGUUUUGGUUUAUUCAGGAGAAUGGUGUUCUGCUUUGUUCGGACUUUCUUCUUCUUUUGGCAUAGGUAGGUAGGUAGGGAAGCGUCAAGUUUU